CUCGUGUCCUGCUCUUCCCAGGCCAGGAUGCUGUUCCCGCUGCCCCUGCGUGCAGCCUGCAGCCUGCUGGCCUGGUUCUGCCUCUACAAGUGGUUCUGCCACCGCUACCGGCACCGCAACCUCGAGUGGAGCUGCAGGCUGGUCACCCUGACCCACGGCAUCCUGGCCACCUGCCUGUCUGCCUACAUCGGCUUCAUCGACGGCCCCUGGCCCCUGAGCCACCCAGGGUCACCCAACACAACCCUUCAGGUGCACGGGCUGUGCCUUAGCUUGGGCUACUUCAUUUUCGACCUGUGCUGGUGCGUGUACUUCCAGACAGAGGGUGCCCUGAUGCUGGCCCACCACCUGGUCAGCAUCGUGGGCAUCGCCGCCUCCUUGGCCCUGGGCGAGUCGGCCGGCGACGUCAACGCCGUCAUCUUCGGCAGCGAGAUCACCAACCCGCUGCUGCAGGCCCGCUGGUUCCUCAAGGAGCUGGGUCGCUACCACACCUUCACGGGCGACCUGGUGGAUUUCCUCUUCGUGGUGCUCUUCACGGGCGUGCGCAUCGGCGUGGGGGCCUGGCUGAUGUACUGCGAGCUGGCCUCGCCCCGGCCCCGCUGGUACAUCAAGCUGGGAGGGGUCGUCAUGUACGUGGUGUCCUGGGUGUUCAUGGUCAGCAUCUGCCGCUUCGCCAGGAGGAAGAGCAUCAGCAAGUACCAGGCCUGGAGGAGCCGCAGGAGCCGCCAGCUGGGCUGGAAAAGCAACGGGCACCUCAAAGGCCACUGAUGGAGGCUGAGCAGAGAAUUCCUCGAGUUCACGGGCUGGCAAGGAGGGGAUCGUGCGUGAAAUGCUGCUGGAGGGAGAGGAGCCAACGCACGUUAGCAGCUCUGGAGCCAAAUUUAUCCCUGGCCUAACUCCACUGAAAUCCAUGGAGCUAUGCCAUGGAUUCACUGGGCAGAGGCUGGCACGGUGUGCACAGCCUGAAUGAGGAGGGAAAGAAGGGCUAAUUUAUAGACUAACCAUGGCUAGUCCAGCAGUGCAGGUGUGAAUAGUGAUGUGGAGGGAAAGAAGGGCUAAUUUAUAGACUAACCAUGGCUAGUCCAGCAGUGCAGGUGUAAAUAGUGAUGUGGAGGGAAAGAAGGGCUAAUUUAAUAGACUAAACAUGCCUAGUCCAGCAGUGCAGGUGUGUGGCCAGCUCCUUCAAGAUCUUGGAAGAGAAGAGGAGGUAACACGAGGUCUCCAUGUCCUGUGCAGUCUAGGCAGCUGGAGUGACUCUCCAUGCUGGUGGAAGAAGUGUUCUAGUGUUGCAUCCAAGCUGGGAUUCCUGGCUCUUCCACUGCCUCGUUGGUGUGCACAGCCUGAAUGAGGAGGGAAAGAAGGGCUAAUUUAUAGACUAACCAUGGCUAGUCCAGCAGCACAGGUGUGAAUAGUGAUGUGGAGGGAAAGAAGGGCUAAUUUAUAGAAUAACCAUGGCUAGUCCAGCAGUGCAGGUGUAAAUAGUGAUGUGGAGGGAAAGAAGGGCUAAUUUAUAGAAUAACCAUGGCUAGUCCAGCAGUGCAGGUGUAAAUAGUGAUGUGUAGCCAGCUCCUUCAGGAUCUUGGAAGAGAGGAGGAGGUAAUGCUAGGUCUCCAUGUCCUAGAGUGGCUCUCCAUGCUGGUGGAAGAAGUGUUCCAGUGUUGCAUCCAAGCUGGGGUUCCUGGCUCUUCCUCGUUGUGUGACCUUGGGCAAGUCUCACAGCUGGAACUCUGUGCCUCAUUCCCCCUCUGUGACCUGGGGGAGAUGGAGCUGCUCCAUCUGUUAUGCACUUUCAGAUUUUUACUCGAGAGGUGCUACAUGAAAAAGUGAUGGUUGUUAUCUGCACUUGGUUCAUCAUUCCCGUGUUUCCCUUGGGAGAAAUGACUUUGGUGGUCGAGCUAGAGCGAGACUCUAGGAAAAUCAGUAUUUUAGGUAGGUUGUUGUUUCCUACCCUUUCUAACUCCUUUUAAUAACUUAUUCAUUAACAUAUUGAUAACUUAUUUUCUGUAGUGUCCAAAACCUAGCUCUAAUCAGCACUGCCUAAUUACAGGACUAGGUGCUCUGUGAAUACGCCCAAAGACACAGACCCAGAAGGGAAAAUUUUUCCUAACUUUUCCCUCUUCCCUGACUGUUAAAACUCCCCUACAAACACUGCUUUUAGCUCCUUGGGUAACCAGCACACUCCACUUCGAGAAGCCCCAUCAGGAUCUGCCAGUCAGGGGUUUUCUUGCUGAUGAGCCAAGCCCUGAUUUUUGUCUCCAGAACACCAAAAUUCCCUCUGCUGUGCCCCAAAUCCAAACUGGGAUUUCUGGUUGCCCAUAAUCUGCCCUGUGGAAGCCACAGACUGACCUGGGCUCUCCUUCAUCUGAAUUGAUGCCUUGACCCCUGGGCUUUGAUUUCCCUCUGACUGGGUCUGAGUCACUUUAUAAAAGUGAACAUUUAAAGGGUCAGAGAGGUUUAUUUUACAGCUUAACAAUUAAAGAAGUGAGAGGUCCAGAAUCUGGUCUUUUUUAAGCAAAAAUAAACCUGACUGGGAGAAAAAUAAGCAAUACUUAUGCAGUCCCAUUUGUAGGGAAAAGCCAUGCCCAGCUGGCAGCUUCUGGAGUUUAUUUCAUUGCAUGUCCUUAAGCUUUUCCUUUGUUUUUGCUGCAAUUUUGAGCAUUUCCUUCGAGCCUCCAGUGCAGCUCAGGUGCCCCCUUUUGCUUGAGCCUUGCUUGCUGCAGCCAAAGACCUGAAGAAGCCCCAAAAAAGCCCUUCAGAUGAGCAGAGCCAGCUGAUGAGCUGGUCCUGGAGAGGAAACUUGACCCAUCCAGCACUCUCAAGCCUUGAAGGGAGACCAGAAGGGCUGGUUGGGGCUUGCUGGUUCUUUUUCCCAGCUCUGCUGCUCUGUUGAGCACAUCCAGGAGCCUUUUUGCCUCAACUUAACCCACUUUGGGAAGUGGGUGCAGUCUUACUACCUCAUAGGGUGUUUCCAUUUAGCACCAAGCCACCUUUGAUGGCUUCUGGGUGCUUUGUGUCCGGGCUGUGCUGUAUAAAAGUUGCUUUGAGUGCUGCAACUUCCUGCUGUGAGCCACCAGCAGCGCUUUGUCACCUGAGCUGGGCACUUCCCAACAUCCCAAAAGCAGGAGUGAGGUGUUUGGCAAAGGUGCUCCAGGGCAGGAGUCACAGGGAGUGAGCUGGACGUGCUCAUAAAGGUCAGCUUGGUGCUGCUGCAUCCUCACAGGGAGCCCCAAGCUGAGGAAAAGGGGUUUGCUGCCUUUUCCCUGGUCAGGAUUGCAGGAAUCUGGAGCCAGAAGAGUCUCAGCCACUGGCCUGAGCAGGGAAUGAGGGCUUGCAGCAGCAGCUCCUGCAGAAAUGCAGGUGAGAACAGGUCCUGGAGGUGAGAACCAGGUCCUGGAGGUGAGAACAGGUCCUGGAGGUGAGAACAGGUCCUGGAGGUGAGAACAGGCUGGUCCAUGCUGCUGAGCUGCUGAGCUGCCCACCAUGAAGAGUUUCCACCACCCUGGGGGUUUGGGCUCUGAGCUUUGCUGAGGGUUGGGGUGCAGCUUUAUGGGGUUUGCAGCUUUAUGGGGUUCCAGCCCUUACCUGCCCAGGUGGACGAGGAUGGCAGUGACUGCAGUGUCUGUCAAUCAUUUGUUUGAAGAGAUUUUGAAAUAUAAUGGUUUGAGUUUGGGAAAGCAGAAAAGGUUUUCCCCACUUUUCUGAACAGGGGGGAAACUUGGUUGGAAGAAGGAGAGCACUGCUCAACUCUGAGGCUUUAGAAAGCAAACAAGAAAACAAAAGGGCACUUAGAAAUGGCUUUAUGAGGCACAGCAAGGCCUCACAGCCCAUUUAGUGGGCUCCAGCAUAGAUUUACAGACCCAAAAGUACAAAUUCCAAGCUGUGGAGCACAGGGUGGGACCUGUCCUCAGGCUAGUCCAUAGUGGCUAGAGCAAACUGUGAGAGGAAACUGCAGAACUAGUGUGAAAUAAUAACUUGUGUCUGAAUUACUGUGUAAUAGCAACUAAUGUUCCACCAGUGAAUGGUGUAGAUGCUUUGUAUUAUGUUUUAUAAAAAUAAAGAUUAUUUCAUUA